AUGGUCCGCGUCUCAACUUCACAUAAUUUCACCAUCACGCCGCCUACUCUUUAUCUGCCGCCGCAACAUACGGAUACAGCACGCCUGAGCACCACCAUGACUUCUCGCAGUGGGAAGCGUCGCCAUUGCGACAGCAUCGACAGCGACUCGCCUCCACCAACCAAGAAAUACAAACAGGCAACUUCUAUCGCUUCGGAUGCCUCAACAACGUCUUCAACAUCUGCCACGGCCUCUAUCGAAUUGGACUAUCCCCCAUUGCAAACAAUAAAAACCCCACCCUUCAUCAACACAUUUCUACCAGCUUUCAGGAGCGUACAGUACGACCGUCCUGCCUAUCGAUCAAUAUCACCGACACCGCCAUCGCCCAGAUCACACUGA